AUGGACAUUGCAGCCCAUUUUGAGAAAGCCAUGGCAAAGUCAGUUAAGAAACAUCACUUGAGCACUUCUGAGCCUUCUCUUCCCACCCUCAACAGCAUCUCCUUUAAUACAGACGGUUCCAUCCAAUAUAAAGAAAAGCCGUAUUCCUCUGCCUCCGAAGCCUUGGAUGCUUACAUUGACGAUUUCCAUUUAAGCUGUGAGCUUCCUGAGGUUAAUGAUACAACGGUUGGCUUGGAUCAGAGCCCUCUGGCAUUUCUUGCUAAACUCAACAGUGAUGAGAGUCCCUACACUAAAUCCGCCAGCCAGACAAAGCCGCCUGAUGGAGCAUUGGCUGUGAGGAGACAGAGCAUCCCAGAGGAGUUCACGGGCUCCACCUUCGUGGAGCUGAUGAAGAAGGAAGGCACCACCCUGGGGCUGACGGUGUCGGGCGGAGUGGACAAGGACGGCAAGCCGAGAGUCUCUAACCUGCGGCAGGGAGGGAUUGCAGCCAGAAGUGACCAGCUGGAUGUGGGUGACUACAUCAAAGCCGUGAAUGGGAUCAACCUGGCCAAGUUCCGCCAUGAUGAGAUCAUCAGUUUGCUGAAGAACGUCGGGGAGAGAGUGGUUCUUGAAGUCGAGUAUGAGCUGCCGCCAGUCUCUGUCCAAGGAUCGAGUGUUAUUUUCCGAACAGUGGAGGUCACAUUACAUAAAGAAGGCAAUACCUUUGGUUUUGUAAUACGAGGGGGAGCACACGAUGACAGAAAUAAAUCUCGUCCCGUUGUGAUAACAUGUGUUCGUCCUGGAGGGCCUGCUGACAGAGAGGGCACAAUUAAACCUGGCGAUAGGCUGCUCAGUGUGGAUGGAAUUCGACUUCUGGGAACCACGCAUGCUGAAGCCAUGAGUAUUCUCAAACAGUGUGGACAAGAAGCAACGCUGCUGAUAGAAUACGACGUCUCAGUAAUGGAUUCUGUGGCAACAGCAUCCGGGCCAUUACUAGUUGAAGUUGCCAAAACUCCUGGUGCCAGCCUUGGGGUUGCCCUUACUACCUCGAUGUGCUGUAACAAGCAGGUCAUUGUCAUAGACAAAAUCAAACCUGCAAGCAUUGCGGACAGGUGUGGAGCACUGCACGUGGGCGACCACAUCCUGUCCAUCGACGGCACCAGCAUGGAGUACUGCACGCUAGCCGAGGCGACCCAGUUCCUGGCCAACACCACCGACCAGGUCAAGCUGGAGAUCCUUCCCCACCACCAGACCCGCCUGGCGCUGAAGGGACCUGACCACGUGAAAAUUCAGAGGAGCGACAGGCAACUUACCUGGGAUUCCUGGGCCAGCAGCCACUGCAGCCUUCACACCUACCAUCACUCUAACGCGCACCACCCUGACCAUGGCAGACUGCCGGCCCUGACAUUCCCGAAAGCGCCUCCUCCAAACAGCCCUCCAGCUUUGGUGUCUUCAUCCUUCUCUCCUACCUCCAUGAGUGCAUACAGCCUGAGUUCCCUGAACAUGGGGACUUUGCCUCGCAGCCUCUACUCCACUAGUCCACGUGGAACCAUGAUGAGGAGGAGACUGAAAAAGAAAGACUUCAAAAGCUCACUGUCUUUAGCCUCCAGCACAGUGGGCUUGGCUGGCCAGGUCGUUCACACAGAAACCACAGAGGUUGUGCUGACGGCAGACCCUGUCACAGGAUUUGGGAUCCAACUGCAGGGGAGUGUGUUUGCCACGGAGACGCUCUCUUCUCCACCUCUGAUUUCCUACAUUGAGGCUGACAGCCCUGCAGAGAGAUGUGGGGUCCUACAGAUUGGAGACAGAGUGAUGGCCAUUAAUGGAAUUCCAACUGAAGAUAGCACCUUCGAAGAAGCCAAUCAGCUCCUCCGAGACUCCUCCAUCACAAGCAAGGUCACCCUGGAAGUCGAGUUCGAUGUGGCAGAGUCUGUCAUCCCGAGUAGUGGAACAUUUCAUGUAAAGCUCCCUAAAAAGCACAACGUGGAACUUGGAAUAACCAUAAGUUCUCCAUCCAGCAGAAAACCGGGAGACCCCCUUGUCAUUUCAGAUAUCAAAAAAGGCAGUGUGGCACACAGGACCGGAACGCUGGAGCUUGGAGAUAAAUUGCUUGCAAUAGACAACAUCCGCCUGGACAACUGCUCCAUGGAAGACGCCGUUCAGAUCCUCCAGCAGUGCGAAGAUCUGGUGAAGCUCAAAAUCCGCAAAGAUGAAGAUAAUUCAGAUGAGCAAGAAAGUUCCGGGGCAAUUAUUUACACCGUGGAGCUGAAGCGCUAUGGGGGGCCCCUCGGCAUCACCAUUUCAGGAACUGAGGAGCCAUUCGAUCCUAUAAUCAUUUCAAGCCUCACUAAAGGGGGAUUGGCUGAGAGAACCGGCGCGAUCCACAUCGGAGACCGGAUCCUGGCCAUCAACAGCAGCAGCUUGAAAGGGAAGCCCCUGAGUGAGGCCAUCCACUUGCUACAAAUGGCGGGAGAGACUGUCACCUUGAAAAUUAAGAAACAGACAGAUGCUCAGUCAGCGUCAAGUCCCAAGAAAUUCCCCAUUCCCAGCCACUUGGGUGACCUGGGCGACAUGGAGGAGGACUCCUCUCCAGCACAGAAGCCGGGCAAACUCUCCGACAUGUACCCGUCCACCGUGCCCAGUGUGGACAGUGCUGUGGACUCGUGGGAUGGCUCUGGAAUCGACGCCAGCUACGGGAAUCAAGGCCCCGGCUUUCAGGCCUCGGGAUACAACUUCAACACCUACGACUGGAGGAGCGCAAAGCAGAGAGGGAGCUUGUCCCCAGUCACUAAGCCUCGGAGCCAGACGUACCCAGAUGUGGGGCUGAGUAACGAAGACUGGGACCGCUCCACGGUCAGCGGUUUCACAGGAGCUCCUGACGGCGCGGAGGCGGAGCAGGAGGAAAACUUCUGGUCCCAGGCGCUGGAGGAUUUGGAGACCUGCGGGCAAUCGGGGAUCCUGCGAGAGCUUGAGGCAACAAUCAUGUCGGGGAGCACGAUGAGUUUGAAUCACGAGGCCCCAACACCUCGCAGUCAGCUGGGGCGACAGGCCAGCUUCCAGGAACGGAGCAGCUCGAGGCCACACUAUAGCCAAACAACUCGGAGCAACACCCUGCCCUCAGAGGUGGGCAGGAAGUCGGUCCCCCUGAGGAAAAUGAAACAUGAAAUAAAGGAGAUCAUGUCCCCAACUCCGGUGGAGCUGCACAAGGUGACCCUGUACAAGAGCUCGGACAUGGAGGACUUCGGGUUCAGUGUGGCCGACGGCCUGCUGGAGAAGGGCGUGUACGUCAAAAACAUUCGCCCCGCGGGGCCGGGAGACCUCGGCGGCUUAAAGCCCUACGACAGGCUCUUACAGGUUAAUCACGUCCGAACGCGAGACUUUGACUGCUGCCUUGUGGUGCCCCUCAUAGCGGAAUCUGGUAACAAGCUGGACCUGGUUAUCAGUAGAAACCCACUGGCCUCCCAGAAAUCUAUAGACCAGACUCUCCCGGGAGGAUGGAGCGAACAGAACAGUGCUUUUUUCCAGCAGCCUAGCCACGGUGGUAAUUUGGAGAUUCGAGAGCCCACUAAUACAUUAUAGCAACGCUUUUUAUAAAGCAGGACCAAGACAAUAUCUACAUGGUGCUAAAAAAAAUCCCUUUAAGAUUUCUGUGACGUUGGAAGCACAGAUAAUCACGUGGCAUUAACUGCAAGCACAGGGGUCUUUUAAAUCUC